GUUAAAAUCUUUGCAGACAUUCAUCUCAUUUGGUGAUGUGGCAACGGCGAACUGGUGGCUCCCCUUCUCAACUACCCCUUCUAACACGCACGCAGCACUCUCAGAUCUCUCAUUUCCCAAUCCACCAACGUAGCAUAAUUAAUUAAGAAAGAGCAAGCAUGGGGAGCAGUUAUUUUGGAGAAGCUAAUAUUGAAAGAGGAGCAAGUGGUGGUUCUUCUUCUUGUUCUUCUUCAUCUUCAUCAAGGAAAGGGAAGAAGAAGAAUAGCAACUCGGAGAAGCAGCCAAGGCAACCACAGAGAGGACUCGGUGUUGCUCAAUUGGAGAAGAUUAGGUUACAUAGUCAAAUGGCCUAUGCUUAUCAUCAUCGUCUCUCUUCAUAUCCAUCAUCAUCUACUUUCAACAAUAUUAAUGAUGAUCCAAGAGCGCAAAUGGCAGCAUAUUCAUCACCACCAUCAUCAUCUUUCUCUUACUCUUCCUCAUCUACAUCAUACUCCCCUUCCUAUGCCUUCCAAACCAACAUUACGAUGGGCCUAACCGAAUACGAGAAAACUAACAUGAGAUAUGGUGAUUCUCGCUCAACAAAUACAGCAAGAUGGGAAAAUUCUAAUGCUGGAAUGUUGGAGAAUCAGUUUUCUUCUCAAUCCAAGGUCACUAUACCUUUCCAGUUUCUGAACCUAUAUGGGUCACAUGAUGACAUUGAUAGAGGGAAACAAAGGAGUGGUUCUGUGGGUUCAGGCAGUCACAACUCUGAAUCAAGUGAAGCUCAAGAACUUGAUUUGGAACUCAGAUUAUCUGUAUGAUCUUCAUGAAGCGGUCCUGUUCCUCAUGAUUGCAACGAUUUUAUUUAUUGCAAUCUUAGAUCUAGCAUUGCGCGAAAAAGCACAUGAUGAUCAAGAACAGGCCAAUGUUUAUGUAUGUGUUUGCUUUCAAUGCAAAAGCUUUCUCUUUUUGCGUAAUUUGUUGGAGAGAAAUGAAGAUUAAGUUAUUGUUUUCUAAA